CUGCCAGUAUCCAAACCGGUCAGCCUGCCGUCUGAGAACCCACCUUCCGUGGUUCAGCCUGGUGCCUCGGCACCCGCAAUUCAGCCUGAUGUCUCUACCCAGCCUGAUGUCUGUACCCAGCCUGAUGAACUGAUCCAGCCUAAUGAUCCUAUCAUGCCAGAUGACUCGGUGCCCGCUGUCGAGCCAGAUGACCUGAUGCCUGGUGACCCGAUGCCCGCUGUCGUGCCUGAUGACCCGAUGCCAGCUGUCGAGCCAGAUGACCUGAUCCCUGGUGACCCGAUGCCCGCUGUCGAGCCAGACGAUCCAAUGCCCGAUGACCCGGUACCUGCUGUUGAGCCAGACAAUCCAAUGCCUGGUGACCCAAUGCCCGCUGUCGAGCCAGACGAUCCAAUACCUGAUGACUCGGUGCCCGCUGUCUUGCUUGAUGACCCGAUGCCCGCUGUCUUGCCAGAU